AUGUACCUCACUCUGACACCUCCAAUGGUGCUCACCAUCUUCACUAUUUUCACCCUCUUCCAAACCCACCCCACCUUCGCUCUUCCAACCACGUCCCUGACCACCCGAGUCACCUCGUCCCUGCAUGCCUGCUCGGUCUUCGUCCAACGCUGGGACGACAACUCGUUCGACGUCGCCUACUAUUCCGCAGCUCCAACCUCGGAUUGGACAUGGGACUAUCCAUACCAAACCAACUUCUGGAAUCAAGAGUCCGAAGAAGACGAAUCGUCCGCCCAAGGUAGCCAGUUGGUCCCAUGGCAAGUCGGUUCCAACGUCUUAUACAUCACCAAUACUGCCAACCCCGUUACGAACGAUGCUCCCGGCGGUCAUGAAGAUCCAGGGGAGUUAAGCUUUUCAUGGGGAUCUGAUACAUUUGAUUCAUCGUCCUGCUUGGUGUCUCCGGUUGGAGAGGACUGGAAGAUUGGAGGCGCGACGAGUUGGCUAAGUGGAGCUGCUGAACGGUGCAUAUGUAUUUUGGGCAGGCGAUCUCGACGAUGGCUUGGUAGUGGCGUAACUGGGAGUUUGUGA